AUGGAUCAGCUGACUGCGCUCUUCCAAAAGAUGUGGCGUCAGGGUGAAGUCCCGCAAGAUUUCAAAGACGCAACCAUCGUGCAUCUGUACAAGCGCAAAGGGAAUCGCCAAGUUUGCGACAAUCACCGCGGCAUCUCCCUGCUGAACAUCGCCGGGAAGAUCUUCGCACGAAUCCUCCUCAACCGCCUCAAUAACCACCCGGAACAGGGCCUUCUGCCGGAAAGCCAAUGCGGCUUCCGUCGUCAUCUUGGAGCCACGGAUAUGAUCUUCGCCGCCCGUCAACUUCAGGAGAAGUGUCAGGAGAUGCGGACCCACCAGUACUCUACCUUUGUGGACCUGAUGAAAGCCUUCGACACGGUGAAUCGUGAUGGACUGUGUAAGAUCAUGCAGAAAUUCGGCUGUCCGGAGCGAUUCACUCAGGUGGUGCGUCAGCUGCACGACGGUAUGAUGGCGCGAGUCACGGACAACGGAGCUGUCUCAGAGGCACUCGCAGUGACCAACGGAGUGAAGCAGGGCUGUGUGCUGGCGCCUACCCUCUUCAGUCUCAUGUUCUCUGCCAUGCUGAUGGACGCCUACCGCGACGAACGCCCUGGAAUCCGCAUCGCCUACUGGACGGACGAUCACCUCCUGAAUCAACGGCGGAUGCACUUCAAAUCGCGCGUAUCCACAGCCACCGUGCACGAACUCCUCUUCGCCGACGACUGCGCCCUAAACACCACCUCGGAAGUGGAGAUGCAACGGAGCAUGGACCUGUUCUCCGCCGCCUGCGAGAACUUCGGUCUGGUCAUCAACACACAGAAGACGGUGGUGAUGCACCAACCGCCACCCAACUCGGCCACAGCCCCCAACGCGCCGCCGCAAAUCAGCGUGAAUGGGACCCAACUGCAAGUGGUGGAGAACUUCCCGUACCUGGGCAGUACUGUCUCCCGCAACACCAAGAUUUAUGACGAAGUCGCCAACAGGAUCUCGAAAGCCAGUCAAGCCUUCGGUCGCAUCCAAAGCACAGUUUGGAAUCAUCAUGGUCUCCAAAUGAGCACCAAGCUGAAGAUGUGCAAGGCCGUCAUCCUGCCGACACUACUGUAUGGAGCGGAGACUUGGACGGUAUACGCCAAGCAGGCACGUCGUCUGAACCACUUCCACCUCAGUUGUCUUCGUCGCAUCCUGAGGCUGAAGUGGCAAGAUCGAAUCGCCGACACUGAUGUGCUGGAACGGACAGGAAUCCUCAGCAUCUACGCCAUACUGAGGCAAAUUCAGCUGCGCUGGAGCGGCCACCUGGUGCGCAUGGACGACGAGCGACUACCCAAAGGACUCUUCUACGGAGGCGUCGCGACGGGUUCUCGCCGUCAAGGAGGCCAGAUUCGCCGUUACAAGGAUACCCUGAAGUCCUCCCUGAAAUGCCUGCAAAUAAACCCCACCAACUGGGAGGAGCUCGCACUCGAUCGGCCGGCCUGGAGGAGGACAGUGAAGACAGGCGCUGCGAUAUACGAAGCCAACAGCAUCGCUGCCGCCAAAGCCAAACGUGAAGCUCGCAAAUCACAACCUCGCCCAGUAAGCAACUCCGCCGCACGACCGUUUCCAACGUGUCCUCGAUGUCAACGAACAUUCCGGGCUCGAAUCGGACUUGUUGGACAUUUUCGGAUUAACUGCGCCUCUCGAAUGGCACCAAACAUCGUCCCCCCGCCUGCCUCUUCCUCCUCCUCUCCGCUGCCAACCAACCCUGACAAUUCUUCCGACCCAUCACUUCCACCAUCCUCCUCCUUCUCAUCAUCUUCCUCCUCCUCCUCCUCCUCCUCCUCCUCCUCCUCGCCCACUGCUCCAACGGCAGCCGCUCAGGCGACUGUCCCGCGCACAGCAACCGAUACUACCACCACCUCCCCCGACUCCAGGGAUGAGAAUCAGGACUACACCUGCCCUCACUGCGACCGUACCUUCACCUCACACAUCGGUCUGGUCAGUCACUUGCGAAUCCAUCGCACAGAGACUGGCGAACCAGUGCGUGAAGCACCAACCUACACCCACCGCACUCGCCUCCGCUGCCCACACUGCCCUCGCACCUUUAGGCAUCGCAUGGGCCUUUUCGGCCACGUGCGCAUCCACGAAAGCGGCCUUGACCGCACUCCCGAUACACCCACUACAUCCAACACAUCCACCGUGCAAACCCCCACCCUCGUUCCAUCCGUCCGCGACACCACCACCACCGCCGCCUCCUCUGUAGCUGACACUGACACCGCCGACUUCUUAUGUCCACACUGUCCACGCACAUUCACCUCACGCAUCGGCCUAGUCGGUCACUUGCGGACCCAUCGCACAAAGACUGACGAACCAGUGCCUGGAGCACCCACCUAUACCCACCAAGCUCGUCUCAACUGCCCACACUGUCCUCGCACUUUCAGGCAUCGCAUGAGCCUAUUCGGCCACAUGCGCAUCCAUGACGACCUGCGGUAG